AUGCGGACCCCCUGGAUCUGGCUCGCCACCACAUUCCUCACCACCCACGCCCUGACAUCCCCCUUCACCCCCGCGGAAGCAGCCAACCGUCGGGCCUUCGAAGUCCUCCGCAUCCUCCGCCGGGCCGACAACUGCCCCAGCGGCACGAACCCGUGCACCGAACUCGGCAACGCAAACGCCUGCUGCAGACAAGGCACCAACUGCUCGCGGGAUGCCGCAGACAACAUCGCCUGCUGCGCGACCGGCGCAAGCUGCACGGGCAGUCUGACCGGGACCUCCACCACCACCGGCACAGAAACCAACUUCAUGUUCCCGAACGCAGCGACCGCAACCGCAACCACCAACCCCUCAGCCACAGAGUCAACGAUCGAUGGCGCUUAUCCGUUCGUCUACUCGGAGUAUGCGCAGUGCACGGGGGCGCUGAUGGGUCGAUAUGCCGUGACGAUUGGCGGGGAGGGCGCUGGGAAGACUGUUCAGGCUGUGACGGCCCAGUCGCAGGCGACCUCGAUCUGCUCGAGUUUGAGUGCCGAUGCUUGUCACGGUAUUAAUCUGGCCUAUUGUAGCUCGGUGGCUACGCAAACGGCUGAUUCUGAGGCCAACGGGAACAAUGCUCCUGUGCGCUUGUCCAGCCUGCAGGACCUGGCUCUCGGGGUAGUUGUUGGAGUUGCGGGAAUGUUUAUAUGA